AUGCACACGUUCCAGUUACCUAUUCGGCGCUUCAAAUUCAAGCAUAUUCAUUGGAAUAAAGCUUUCUCUGAAGUGUGGCUGUUGGGUAGAGCCGUCUUACCAGGAAACGAUAAUGGGUCUGAGCGGAUUGGUCCUAGUCCAUCGAUAGCUGUCUUCGAGAUUCAGCCACCUCGUUUCAAGGCUUUGCUACAGCUGGACAAGAAUGUGGGUUAUCGCACUGCACUCAUGUGUAUGACCCCGUCGGGCAAUCUGAGCAGUCUGCGAACAUUCUGCUUCAACGUCAAGCUAUCUACUAGGCCUAAACAGUUGUUGGACGUAAAAGGUGAUUUUUCUGGUGUCUAUUUUGGUGGCUGUUGCAAGGUAAUACUAUGCGAACCUCAAACUCCUCGCGAAAAGUACGUACUUCAGGAGAUAUCAAGUAACGAAGCUCCUAUUCUCCAUGAUUUGCGUCUUCUUGGACCACAACAAGGUGUGGCACUAGCAAUAGAUGGCUCAACCAUGAUGCUUUGCAAGGAUGACUCGUCCAAUUUCUUGCGGUUCGAGGGCAUUCAUCUUGCUUGUUAUGAAGUCGCAAGUAUGGUGACGGAACCACGACGAAGUGAGGUGCGCGUACGAUGGCGUACAGCCUUGUUACCCAUGCGGCGUUCGGUUACCGAUGGACAGGUUUCCAGCACCUCUGAAACAGUUUCAGUUUCAAAAUUAUCUGUGCUUAUCACACCUCAUUUCAAAAUAUUCUUCCUUUUCAGUAUGGUGACGGAACCACGACGAAGUGAGGUGCGCGUACGAUGGCGUACAGCUUUGUUACCCAUGCGGCGUUCGGUUACCGAUGGACAAUGGGUGACUGGACCAAUCUAUCGCGAUUCUGUGAAAACGAAAUUUGGAAGGACAUCUCGUGCUACCGUUACUGUGCCCGUUGUAGAUAAUAUGCCAGUGCGAGUUUUGAAGACAACUUACGAUGGAGGAACGGAUUUGAUCCACCUGCUCACUCUAUAUGAUAUUGCAAAUAUGGACAGUUGUACUUCUGUUGGCGCUGAACCGGAUCCAGAUUGGAUAUCGCUUGUUAUUAGUAUUCGAGGUGUUACUGGAGAAAUCUACAAAAUAACUCCCGUGAGAAGCCUCGAUGUGGACACAAUGAGAAAAGUGGAUCUUGUGGCUGAAGACGAAAUUAUGGUACUAAUUUGUUAUGAUGGGAAAAACACCAUUGCUGAGAUGUAUCGAUUGACUGAAGAAGACGCCAAGAAGUGGCAUCCAGAAGUCCCCACGGUGAGAUUUUUUGGCAAAAAGGAUUCUCAAGGCGAGUUGAUAGUGGAGCAGAUGCCCUCAACAUUCCGAACUCAGUCUACCCCGAAUAAGGAAGACGAUUCAAGUCGAUUUUAUCAACGAGGAAAUGUUAAAGUGUUAUCAUCGAGAGCAUUUCAUCACCGUUCUGGGGUUUUAUUUGCAGAAAUGAGGCCAACAGCAGGUCUCAUCGUGAUAGGGGAUGAAAUAUUAAAAGGAUCAACUAUGGAUACGAACUCCUAUUUUAUUUGUAAGAAACUGCAUCAGCUCGGAGUUCAAGUGAAAAAAAUAUCAUCUAUCGGUGAUAAUGUGGACGAUAUCAGCGAUGAGGUCCGUUCAUUUAGUGAACGAUUUGACUACGUAUUCACCACUGGUGGUGUAGGACCUACCCACGAUGACAAGACCUAUGUCGGUGUGGCUCAAGCGUUCAAGGAGGAGCUACGUAAAUCUCCAGAGAUCGUUGAAGCUAUCAAAUGGUUCAUUCCUACGGGACAGUUUUCAAAUGAGCAGAGCACAUUUGUGGAGAAGCUAAGCCAGGUAACUCAAUGCUUGACAUCACUUUAUAAAUUCCCCGAUAUCCAUUGUGAUGCCGUUGUCCAUUAUGACGAGGAACCAUGGGUUGAUACGGUUGAGAAAUUCAAUCGUUUUCGAGAACGUGAACUACCGAAGAAUCCUGAAUAUGUAGUGCGCCUUAAUGACGCCCUUGUAAUAAUCGAUGAUCUCUUGGAACAAUAUCCCCUUGAACAGAUUAGCCUUUCGUUCAAUGGUGGAAAAGACUGUACAGUUCUCCUUCAUCUGUUUCGGUUAGCUGUAGAUAAGAAGUAUGGUCCUGAUGUUCAGAUUCAAGGCUUUCAUAUAAUGGUCGAGGAUCAGUUUCCGGAGGCAACUCAAUUUAUAAUCGAUGCAGCCAGAAAUUACAACAUUGUGGUGACAGAGUAUCCAGGACCUCUCAAAUCAGGACUUGAAGCGCUAAAGAAAGAACAACCAAAUGUUGUUGCUGUGCUAAUGGGAAGUAGAGGAACUGAUCCGCAUGGGAAGUACAUGAAGUCUCCAGUUGAAUGGACAGAUCCGGACUGGCCGAAAGUUUUGCGUGUUUGUCCUAUUCUGGCAUGGUCUUACCGUGAUGUAUGGAUGACGUUACGGGAGCUGUGCAUACCAUACUGUCCCCUCUAUGAUAUGGGAUAUACUUCAUUAGGAGGACGAAGUACGACUGUGAAAAACCCAUUACUGAAGAUCACAGGGAAGGAUGGCUCUGAGAAGUACAUGCCGGCUUAUAAAACUGACAAUGGAGAUGCAGAACGAAAUGGACGUUCAUCUAUCUAG